AUGUUCGGAAACAACACAGUCGCAAGCAAGACUCCACAAACGCUCUUCGAGAUGAAUGCUAUAGUUGUUCUUAGCACCGUUGUGGCCUGCGUCAGUGCCGGAGGCUACGGACUCGGUGGUCACGGUGCUUACGGCGGACUCGGAGGAUACGGCGGUCACGGAGGCCACGGUGGUUACGGCGGCCACGGAGCAUACGGAGGUCGCGGAGGCCACGGUGCUUACGGCGGCCUGGGAGCAUACGGAGGCCACGGAGGCCUCGGCGGUUACGGGGGCGGCUUCGGGGGAUACGGCAGCGGUCUCGGUUUCGGAGGUCUCGGAGCUGGUGUCGGCGGCGGCCUCGGCGGUGGCUUCGGUGGAGGAUUUGGCGGUGGCCUCGGUGCAGGAUUUGGCGGUGGCCUAGGCGGCGGAUUCGGCGGUGGCGUUGGAGUCGGCGUCGGUGGCUCAGUUGUCGGCGGCGGAGUCGCAAGUGGACCAGAAGUUGUCGGAGUUGGGCCUGCCGUUGCAGCCCCACUCGCCACCUUAUCUGUCGUGCAACAGCCAGUUGUGAGGCAGGUCAACCACGGUCGCCAAGUAGCUCACAGGGUUGCCGUUCCUGUCACUACGGUCUCCGAGAACGUUAGACCUGUUGUUGUCAACCAGGGCGCUGGCCUUGGCGGAGUUGGCGGAGCUGGAUUCGGCGGAGUUGGAGGAGCUGGGUUCGGCGCUGGGGGACUCGGUGGCGGCUACGGGGUCGGAGGCGGAUACGGCCUUGCCGGUGGUUACGGGUUGGCUGGUGGCUAUGGCAAGGGUGGCUAUGGUGGUGGCUAUGGCAAGCAUUGA